GAGCAGUAUCCUACCCUGGUCUCACUUCAGCGAGACUGGAAACUCUUUGAAAAGACAGUUAACUCUGUGGACCUGAGGAAUAACCAGGACAAGCUGUUGAAACUAUCUCAAGGAAUGUAUGCGAAUGGGGCACAGUCCACAAAAGAAUUCAAAGAGAACUUUGUGCAGAGACAAACUGGACAAGGAAAUUGACAUGAAAUGUACAAGCAAGGAAAAAAACUCCAUCUCAGUUCAAUAAUUAGCAUUUCAAACAAAAAUGAGUAAAUUUGAGCCCUGCAGACUAUCUCAACUUAUUUAGCAGUUGGUGCUCUCAGAAAGUCUUUGCCCCCAAUCCCUUGGAGCAUAAGGGGAUGGCUCUACACAGCUUUGGUCUCUGGGUCUGCCUCGCCUCGCUGAUGAAUGCUGUUGGUGUUUCCGGUGACUGCUGGCUCAUUGAAGGAGAGAAAGGAUUUGUCUGGCUGGCAAUCUGCAGCCAGAACCAACCCCCUUACGAAUCCAUCCCUCAGCACAUCAACAGCACCAUCGUCGACCUCCGUCUGAACGAGAACAAGAUCAGAAGCGUCCAAUACUCCUCCCUCAACAGGUUCGGCAACCUGACAGAACUCAACCUGACCAAAAACGAGAUCUCCUACAUCGAGGAUGGAGCCUUUUCUGCCCAGUACAACCUGCGCGUCCUGCAGCUGGGCUUCAACAAGCUUCGGAACAUCACCGAGGGGAUCCUGCGGGGACUCGGCAGGCUGGAGUACCUGUACCUCCAGGCCAACCUCAUAGAGGUGGUGAGUCCCAAUUCCUUCUGGGAGUGCCCGAACGUGAUGAACAUCGACCUGUCCAUGAACCGGCUGCAGACGCUGGAGAGUUCCACGUUCCUGGGACUCAGCAAACUCUCGACUUGCGAGCUCUACGGGAACCCGUUCUACUGUUCCUGCCAACUGCUGGGCUUCCUCAAGUGGCUGGUGCAGUUCAACAACACCACCAGGAACUAUGACCGCAUGCAGUGCGAGUCCCCGACCCUUUACGCCGGCCAAGCCUUGCUGAGCCAGAGCCAGACCCGCAGCGCCUACAGUUUGCUGGUCUCGUCCUGCGGCGACAUCCAUACCCUAGACCCUAAUUUCAUGCCCACUCGGAUACCCCCCAGCACCACCACCUCUGAGAGCCCCUGUGGAGGCGAGGACUGCUCCUCGGGCGACGAUGCCACUCCAAUGAUAGCCUUCCACUCCCCAACCCAUGAGACACGGGCGCCGGUAAUCAGGGUGGAAAAGGUCACCUAUACCACUGCCACCUUGUUGGUCCAGAUACCCCGGCCCUUCAGUAAGAUGUACAUCCUGGUGCAAUACAACAACAGCUUCUACGCAGACAUCAAGAAGUUGCAGACGGAGCACGAAGUCAUUAAGUUGGACCGACUCCAGCCCCACACUGCCUACACGUACUGCGUGGCGUCCAUUCGCAAUGCCUUACGGUAUAACCAGACCUGUGUCACCUUCUCCACUGGGAGCGAUAGGGCAAGGGGUACCGUUCCCCCACCGUCCACCGCCACCCACUACAUCAUGACCAUUCUCGGCUGCCUCUUUGGCAUGGUUAUAGUACUGGGGUUUGUAUACUAUUGCCUGCGCAAGAAGAGGCAACAGGACGAGAGGCACAAGAAGGCGGGCGGGAUGACCAAAGCCAUCAUUGAGCUGAAAUACGGGGCGGAGAUGGAAGCCAGUACCAUCUCCCAGUUGGCGCAGAAGCCCGCGCCGCCCUGCGAGGUUGCUCCCAGGGCACCCUUCCUGCCUUCGCCGGGGGAUCCGGAGCCCCACAAGCCGCAGGAGUUGAGCGACACGCCCAAGACUACCAAGGGCAACUACAUCGAGGUGAGGACGGGGGAACCUGCCAGUGACGGGGGUGGCCAAGGGCGCAGUUCAGCGGCGGAGAUCUCAACCAUAACCAAAGAAGUGGACAAGGUCAACCAGAUCAUCAACAACUGCAUCGAUGCCCUGAAGUCAGAGACGGGCACUUUCCAAGGGGGCAAAGCAGGAGCAGUGAUUUCUGUGGAGCCUCAGGUGCUGAUGAUCACAGAGCAAGCCCAAAGCAAGCCCGGGCUCUUGUCGCCCAUUUCUAAAGAGAGCUACCAUCCACUGCAAAGACACAGCAGUGUAGAGGCUGUCCCCAAACGCCCCAGCAGUUCCUCCAGCGGUUCCACGCGAAGUCCCAGGUCUUUCCGCUCUGAGGCAUCGGCGCCCCGUCACGCCUGCAGAUCCGAAGCCCAGUACAUCGAGAAAGCAUCCCCCGUGGCGUCCAACAGUCCGGGAGCCAUCCCGAGGGCGCAGCCGCGCAGCGAGCACCGGCACUCCUACCCGGGGCGGAGGCAGGGCGAGCAGCAGGCUCCGGAGGGGCCAGCAGCCGGAGCAAAACCUUCAUCCCUGGAGCCGCUCGGCCGCAGCCGGAGGGACGUGGCCUUACUCCAGCUCUCGCCUCAGUGCCACAACCUCAGCUACACCUCCAGCCCCGAGUACAGCAGCAAGCCAAACCCGGGCAUCUGGGAGCGCUUCAGACUGCACAAGAAGAGGCACAAAGAGGGGCAGGAGGAGUACAUAGCUGCGGGCCACGCACUGAGGAAGAAGGUGCAGUUCGCCAAGGACGAAGACUUGCACGACAUCCUUGAUUACUGGAAAGGCGUCUCCAACCAGUACAAAUCCUGA